ACUGGCUGCCUCGUACAGAUGUACUUCUUCAUGGCAUUGGCCUUGCUGGAUGAUUUCCUGCUGGCCGUGAUGGCAUAUGACCGCUAUGUGGCCAUCUGCCUUCCUCUCCACUAUACCACCAUCAUGUGUCCCCAACGCUGCCUGCUGCUGGUCGCCUCAUCCUGGCUCUGCGCCCACCUCCUGGCCUUCUCACUCACACUCCUCAUGACUCAGUUCUCCUUCUGUGCCUCCCAUUCCAUCCCACACUUUUUCUGUGACCUUCUCCCUGUCCUCAAACUUGCCUGCUCAGACACCCAGAUCUUUCAGGUCAUGAUGUUUGCUGAAGCAGCCCUCGCAGGUGUGGUCCCUCUCACCUGUGUCCUGGUCUCUUAUGCGCACAUCAUGCACACCAUCCUCAGGGUCUCCUCAGCUGGGGGGAAGCACAAACUCUUCUCAACCUGUGGCUCUCACCUGACAGUAGUCACUCUUUUCUAUGGAACUGUCUUUCUUGUGUAUUUCCAGCCCUCUUCUUCCUACUCAGCAGGCACUGGAAUGAUGGCAUCUGUGGUGUACACAAUGGUCACCCCCAUGCUAAACCCGUUCAUCUACAGCCUGAGGAACAGAGACAUGAAGGGGGCUCUGUGGAGACUCCUUGCCUGCAGAAGAUGUUGCAUCUUAUAA